GGUUUGAUAGUGACAUAAAUUGAUCAAUUGAUUGUCAAGAUACUUUACAAUACCUGAAAUCAUUUAUUAGUCAUAUAAAGAUCUUUACUGGUAGUGAUCAAUGUAUUGAUUAUAUAUCAAAAUGUCCAACAUGUGAAAAAGUUCAUCUUAUUGUUUCGGGUUUGCUAUGUAAAAAUAUUAUCACUUCUACAAUAAUUGAUCCAUCAAGGAAUGUCACUAUUUACAUUUAUUGCAAAAAUGUUUCUAAAUAUCAGAAUCUGUUCGAAUCCUGUGCAAAGCUUCAAGGUAUUUUCCAGGAUAAAAACUCACUCCUCACAUCUCUGAUUCAAGGUAUAAACGAGCGACUUGAUUGAACAAUUAUAAAUAUAUUUAAUCCAUAUUUAAAGCAAGAUAGUCGAAGAAACUUAGAUAAAGAUAGUGCAACAGUCGUAUGGUUCCAGUUACUAAUUGAUAUUCUUCUACGUACAUUGCAAACAGAAGAAUCAAAACUUGAAAUGUUAAAUAUGAGUCGUACCUAUUACAAAGAUAACCAAGCAGUUCUUGCACAGAUUAACGAAUUCGAACAAUCAUAUUGUUCAUCAACAUCAAUUACAUGGUAUACAAAGAACACAUUUUUAUUUCGUAUGUUGAAUCAAGUAUUGCGCCAAGAAAAUGUUACCGGUAUUUUUCAAUUACGAUAUUUUAUCAAAGACUUAUAUCUGCAAUUAAGAGAAUUACAUUCUCAAUAUAUAAAAUCAUUGUCGCAAAAAACCAAAAUACUAACUGUUUAUCGUGGACAGACAAUUACAAUUAAUCAAUUACAACAAUUAAAAGAAAAUAUAAGUAGUAUCAUAUAUGUAAACACAUUUUUAUCUACAACAACUGAUAAAGAAGUCGCUUUAAUCUAUGCAGGUGUUGAGGGAUCUUAUCUGGUAUCUGUUCUUUUUGAAAUUAAUAUCGAUACAAGUAUUGCUACAAAACCAUUCGCUAAUAUAGAGGACUACAGUUAUCACAAAGAUGAAAAUGAAAUUUUAUUUGCACUUGGAACAAUGUAUAAAAUAGUAUCAGUUAGUAAGUUUGAAAAUGGUCAUAUUUGGAUUAUUAAACUAUCAUAUGAUAAUGAUGUUUACCUGCAAACAAGAAUAUUAACAAGACAUUUAACAAGAAACAUGCAUGAACCAAUAAUUGUUUGUAAUUCAUCCACAAUUAAUCAGAAGUCUUUCGGAGAUCUUAAUAAUGAAUCUACAAUAUUUAUGUGGAAUUAUUUGCUUUUGAAGAUAAUAUUACAGAUGGAGAAUGAUCAAAAUGCGAAAACUGAUAUGAUUAACGUUUGUCUUAAUUAUAAAUCGGAAAAAGUUAUAUGGUGGUACACUACAGAAUCAUAUGUUUAUCAUUUAAUAAAUAAAUCACUGCGGUCACAGAAUAUUGAUAAUAUAUAUAAACUUCGUUUUUUUAUAGUUGAUUUGCAUAAUCAGUUGCAAAAAUUAUAUUCUCAAACUCGAUUCUCGAAUAGCACUCAACAAAUAUUAACUGUUUAUCGUGGCCAAGGUAUGUCAGUUGAAGAGUUACAGAAUUUAAGAGAUAAUAUCAAAGGCCUUAUUUCUGUUCAUUCAUUUCUAUCAUGUUCAAAAAAUCGGAAUACAGCAUUAAUUUAUUCAUUAAAUCGUUCUGGACGUCCAUCAGCUGAACCUGUGCUUUUCGAAAUUGACAUCGAUACGAGUAUUGAUACAAAACUGUAUGCUGAUAUCGGACAAUACAGUAGUUAUCAAACAGAAAAUGAAAUUCUCUUUACAGUAGGUACAAUAUUUGAAAUUAUAGAGGUUAAAAGACAGAUGGAUGUUGGAUUUUGGAUCAUUAAACUGUUGUUAAGUAAACAAAUUGAUGAAGAUAUGAAAGAAUUAACAGCGUAUUUUGAAAACGAAAUUGGUAAAAACCCCACCCUUCUUACGUUAGCUGAAUAUUUAACACGUAUGGGUGACUAUGACACAGCAAGAGGGUAUUAUAUGAUACUUCUUGAUAAGGUAAAAUUAUUGGGCAAUAAGUCCGAUAUUGCAAAACUUUAUAAUCAGGUUGGUCAACUUUAUUAUUUAACCGGUGAUUAUAAAAGAGCCUUGAAGUACUACGAGAAAGCAAUAAACAUUAGCACUAUUGAUUAUCGGAAUUUAGGAGUAACACAUGAUAAUAUAGGUAUGGUUAAUGGUGCCAUGGGAAAGUAUGAAGAAGCGUUAAAUCACUACGUUAAGUCAUUAGAUAUAUGGAAAAAAAUUUUACCACCUAAUCAUCCACAAAUUGGUAAUCAGUAUAACAGAAUCGGACAGACACAUAAUCAACGAGGAGACUAUGAUAUUGCAUUAGAAAACUAUAAAAAUGCUCUUGAAAUUCAAAUGGUUGCGUUGCCACCGAACCACCCAAAUUUGGCAGAAUCUUUUAUUAAUAUUGAUCUUGUCUAUUUUGGUAAAAAAGAAUAUAUAUCAGCUUUAAGUUAUCAUGAAAAAGCGCUCGCAAUUCAGUCAAAAUCGUUACCUUCGGAUCAUCCAGAUAUCGGCUCGAACUAUAAUAAUAUAGGACGUGAUCAUUAUUGUCUUGGCAAUUUCACGAAAGCAACGCAUUAUUAUGGGAAAGCUCUAAACGUUUUUCUGAAGGCUUUACCUCCUUUUCAUCCAUCAAUUGCACUCAUUUAUCAAAAUAUUGGAAAAUUGUAUUAUAAAACCAAGGAUUAUAAGCAGUCAUUAGAGAAUUACAAAAAGGCAAUGAGAAUUCAGGAGACCACCUUACCUGCCCAACAUCCGGAUACAAAUAGAACUCAUAAGUAUCUAAAAGAACUUUCACGACUAGUCAAAGAUUCUACGUCUAGUCAGGAUGAUGAAGAGUUAAAUAAUAUUUCAAACGAUAUCAAGAUGGUGAAUAUAAAUGAACAUCAAAAUACAUUAGAAAUGCAAUAUCAACAAACGAUUACUCAUGGCACAAAACUAUUGGAUGCAGAUAGAGAUAAUCAGUUGUUAUUAAAUGUAUGCAAAUCAAAUAUUGAUGAUUUAAAUAACACAAGGAGCAAACGUAUAAAACAUCGAUUCUUUUCUAGUAAAUCUAAGAAAAAGUAA